AUGACUACCCGUAAGAGAAAAGCGGACGCCGAGGAGGAGCUCCAAGCUCUCCCCAGCGACGAGAGCGAAGAAGAAGAAGAAUACGAGGACUCGGAACCGGAUCGCUCGGAUGUGAGUGACGAGGAUGAAGAGGGCGAAGAAGGCGAAGGUGCAAGUGACGAGGACGGAGACGAAGAGGAGCAGGAGGAGGAAGAGGGUGAAGAUGAAGGUCCUCCCGCCCAGAAGAAGCAGAAGACCGAGGAGGGCGCCAAUGGCAAGAAGCAACCCGAGGUAAUCGAUGAUGAGGACGAAGAGAAGGAGGAAGAGGGCGCAGGUCAAGAAGGAGACGAAGACGAAGAGCCGGCCGAGGACGAGCCCGCUGAGGAAGAGGUCGAAGGUGCAAACGAGACUGCAAAGUCGAGUGGUCCUGCCGCGGCGGCUGCAAAGGCCAAGGGCGACGUUGUCCCCAAGGAGGCAGACCUCUCCGAGGUGGAUGCGGCUGAAUAG